AUGGCUUCAAGAUUCAUCAAGUGUGUGACUGUUGGUGAUGGGGCCGUUGGCAAGACUUGUAUGCUCAUUUGCUACACCAGUAACAAGUUCCCCACAGACUAUGUACCAACAGUGUUUGAUAACUUCAGUGCAAAUGUGGUAGUUGAAGGAACUACAGUUAACUUAGGGCUUUGGGACACAGCUGGUCAAGAAGAUUACAACAGAUUAAGGCCUUUGAGCUACAGAGGAGCAGAUGUGUUUGUCUUAGCGUUUUCAUUAGUUAGUCGGGCAAGCUAUGAGAACAUAUUUAAAAAGUGGAUCCCUGAACUUCAGCAUUUUGCACCUGGGAUCCCAGUGGUACUAGUUGGCACCAAGUUAGACCUUCGCGAGGAUAGGCACUACCUAGCUGAUCAUCCAGGAUUAGUUCCUGUGACCACUCUGCAGGGAGAGGAGCUCCGUAAACAAAUUGGUGCUGCUUACUAUAUUGAAUGCAGCUCUAAAACUCAACAGAAUGUAAAAGCAGUUUUUGAUGCUGCUAUCAGGGUAGUUAUCAAGCCACCUCAAAAACAGAGGGAGAAGAAAAAGCCACGUCAAGGAUGCUUUCCAAAUCUCUUCUGUGGGAGAAGAAUAACCCGCGCUCCGAAUGAGUAA